CUUUUCAACACGACCAAUCUUGUUAACGAUGCAGUCCAAGAAGCCCGUGGCAGCCAAACCAUCACCCUCUGAAGGUGCCAAGGUGCAAGUCGGGCGUGCUCUCAUCGAUCGGGAGCUUGCCCACCUGACUGCGCGCGUUGAUGUCGAGAAGCGUGCGUUUGCAGUGCAAAAGCAGCUGCUCGAAGGGAACAUGACGGAAGAGUCGCUGCGAACUGCGGCCAUGCACAUUCUACCCAGCCACUACACGGCCAUGACAGAGGAGCGCGCGCUGAUGGGCCGCUGCGGCUAUCCCAUGUGUCACAACCCGCCCCAGCCAGCGACGGCAGCGCCAGCAUCCAGCGCCCGAUCCACGCGACCCGCUCGCUACACCAUUGAUCGCAAGGUGCAUGUAGUGUACGACUUGACCGAGUGGCGAUGGUUUUGCUCGGACGCCUGCUUCCAGGCAUCCAAGUUUUUCGAGAGCCAAAUCUCCAGCGAUGCGCUGUGGCUUCGGAACGAGCAAAAACCAAGAACACCAAUCAAGCUAUUGCCUAUUCACCCAAAAGCAGAAGAUCGAUGGUCGUCAGAUUCUUCCGUCAAGGCUGCGCCGUCUGGCAACCCGGAAGGAUCUCCACAACGGCCUGCUGGUGAGUUGCUCUUUCGAGAGCGACAAGGAGCUGAGGUUAUUGCGCCAGCCGUGCGUCCUGCCGACGCGCAUGAUGCCAUCGAAGGCUACCGGCCCACUUUUGACCAAAUCGGAGCGACGAGUGGCCUUGACGACGAUAUAAACUCGCUGUCACUACAGGAGCACGCACCUCGAACACCAAAAGUUGCCACUCCACAACAGCGACAAGCCAAAAAGUCGAGCCUGUUGAACUCGCUCAUCAACACGUCGGCCUGGAGCGAGCUCUGUUUGAUCGUCAGUACGUGGCAGACGGAUGCAGCGGUCGCCUUUCUUCACGGCCACGUGAUUGAGCCGCGACUACGGCCUAACAUGACAGCGGAAGAGCAGACCAACGCCCUGCUGGACUAUGCCCAGCUCGCCCUUCCAACUAGCGCCAGGCAGCCCGUCGCCUCGUCGGCGUUUGCUUCGUCUGAGCUGAUUGAUGAUGACUAUCUGAGCGAUUCGGACAAUGACGAGCCUGAUGUCGACCAUUUCAAUCCCAGCAACACGACGAGCAAAACCCCUGCAUCUGCGCAAUCACUGGCCCCUCGACCGCGUGCGAGUGACAAGAGUGCUCAGAUUUCAAAGCUAGAGCAGCAACCAGCCUCUCAGGCCGAUGACGAUUUGGAUUUCCAUGCACCUCUGACCGAUGCUGCGGCACCUGCACUUGUGCGACGAGGCCUGUUCUUAUCGCAAUUAACCAAAGAAAUCACGCCGCUCCUUUCGCUCUUUCACAUUCCUGUCGCCGACAUCCAGUCUGACGUGAGCGAGUUUGUUGCGCUUUUGGACCUCCGUAACAGCAACUCAAGUCUGACGAGCUCGCAAUGGAAAACCACCGUUUUGCUGUUUCUGCGCCUUCUUGCGUUCCGAAAUCCAAAGCUUGGUCAGCUCGUUGUCAAUACACCGGACAAUCGCUUCGAGCAACUCGUGGCAGCAACAGGGCUCUCGUCUGCUGAGUUCCAAGCGCUUGUUGUGAUGUUUGAGCCCCGGAUGCUGUAAUGUUUGAAUGCAUUACAACUUUGACACUCAAAAUCACACACUUGU